GAAAAAUAGCCCCUGAACUUUUGAGAUGUUACACCUCAAAAUUGGCCUGAUCGCCUAAUCCAGAAGAGAAAUGGAACGACGAGAAGUAGAGGGGGCCGGUGGUUGGGGAAGCCGGUGAUUGGGGACCGGUGCUUGGGGACCUACGUGUAGGUAGGAGUUCGGUUCGUUCUUUCGCGGGGACGAGAGGGUUCGGGAGGAGAUGGCGAAGGAGGAAGGGAAGGCGGUAACGCUCAAGAGCUCCGAUGGCGAGGUUUUCGAGGUGGAGGAGGCGGUGGCGAAGGAAUCUCAGACGAUCAGCCACAUGAUCGAGAAUGGUUCUGCCGAUUCCGGCAUCCCCUUGCCCAACGUUACCAGCAAGAUUCUGGCCAAGGUCAUCGAGUACUGCAAGAAGCACGUCGACGACAAGAUCCAGGAAGAAGAGCUCAAGGCGUGGGAUGCUGAAUUUCUUAAGGUGGACCAAGCGACGCUCUUCGAUCUCAUUCUGGCUGCCAAUUACCUCAAGAUAAAGAACCUCCUCGACCUGACAUGCCAAACAGUGGCAGACAUGAUCAAGGGAAAGGUACCUGAGGAGAUAAGGAGGACAUUCGACGUUAGGCAUGACUUCACCCCUGAAGAAGAGGAAGAAGUGCGGAGGGAGAAUCAAUGGGCUUUUGAGUGAGAGCCUUUUACAUUUUAACUCCAUGGGAAGAUGGUUGACAAUAACCAUGCUUCAUGAAGCACCUAUGUCUUCUUGUAUAGUUCGAUAUCUCUUCUUGUAUAGUUCGAUGUAGUUGGUCCUUUAGUUUUUCCAGCAAAAUUGUAAAGUGGAAUUGUGAGUGUGAGAAUGAUGAGUCGUCCAAAGACUUGUUUGACUGUUUACGUGUCUGAAUGAAUAAAACUUUGUUUUUUUUGGAUGAAUCUA